UUUCUCUUAGGAACUGAGUGCAAAGGGUUAACGUGUCGAAGUUUGUUCUCUGUGUGUGUCAGACGUAGGGUAAAUAUUUGAAAGCUUAAUUAAUAAUCACGUUCACAUUUUGUUGUUACAUUAAAAAAGAAAAUGAAUAGUUUGUGUACAGAUUGGGCCAAAGAAGCUGCUCAGCAGGAAAAAUUACUCCAAAGGCUAGAGAAAAUAAACAUAUCUCCAGGACAAAAUUCUCAUCCCAAACAACCCAGCCAGCAGAAAAUGCCUGCUGAAGGAUCGUCAAAACCCGGUAGUGUCAGCAGCUCAGAGAAUGAUUCUGUAGAGCUGUCCAAGGCAGAGGCGUCGUUACUUCAGAAGGUUGUAAGAAAAGGAUUAAUAGUCUCAAAACAUGACCUAGAAGUCCAAAGAAAAGACCCUACUUCUCCGCUGUAUUCAGUAAAAACAUUUGAAGCCCUUCACUUAAAACCCCAACUACUUAAAGGUGUCUACGAAAUGGGAUUCAAUGCUCCUUCAAAAAUUCAAGAAAUCGCCUUACCUACUUUACUUGCUGACCCCCCUCAAAAUAUGAUAGCACAAAGUCAGUCUGGUACUGGUAAAACUGCUGCGUUCGUCUUGGCUAUGCUGUCAAGAGUCGAUGCUACAAAAAGCCACCCCCAGGUAUUAUGUUUAUCUCCAACAUACGAGCUUGCCAUCCAGAUUGGGGACGUGGCAAUAAGAAUGGGACAGUUUUGUCCAGAAAUUAAGAUUAGGUUUGCCAUCAGAGGGGAGAAAGUGCCAAAAAGAACGAUAUUAACAGAACACAUCUUAAUUGGAACCCCAGGAAAAGUUGUGGACUGGGCACUUAAAUUCAGGUUUUUCGAUCUCAGCAAGAUACGGGUCUUUGUGCUGGACGAAGCAGAUGUGAUGAUUGCCACACAAGGACAUCAAGAUCAGAGUAUCCGCAUCAGAAAUGCGCUGACAGAACGGUGUCAAAUGAUGUUCUUCUCAUCAACAUAUGACGAGAAUGUGAUGGAAUUCGCUGAAGCCAUUGUGACGAACCCAGUGACGAUCAGGCUCAAGAGGGAAGAAGAAUCCCUGGACAACAUAAAGCAGUACUAUGUCGAGUGCAAAAACCAAGAUGCAAAGUAUGCAGCCAUAGCUAACAUCUACGGAGUUGCUACGAUUGGUCAGGCAAUGAUAUUCUGUCAUACAAGAAAAACAGCCAGCUGGCUCUCCGAGAAGAUGUCCAAAGAUGGCCAUGCAGUCGCACUUCUGUCUGGUGAGAUGACAGUUGAGCAGAGAAUUGCAAUCCUGGACCGGUUUAAAGAAGGCAAAGAAAAAGUGCUCAUUACAACAAAUGUUCUUGCGAGAGGCAUCGACAUAGAGCAAGUAACAAUAGUUGUGAACUUCGACCUCCCCAUAGACCAGGCUAUAAAUGCAGAUUGUAAAACAUACUUGCACAGGAUUGGUCGCACAGGACGUUUUGGCAAAGCUGGACUUGCUAUCAAUCUGGUAGAUAGUCCUCAAUCAACAAGAGUACUUAAACAGAUUGAAGAACAUUUCGGAAAGAAAAUUGUACGUCUGAACACUGAUGAUGUGGAUGAAAUAGAGAAACUGGGAAAUGAAUUUCCUUAAAAGUACAUGUGUUUUUUGUUGUUUAUAAUUUUUGUUACAGAAGUGAUUCACUUGUUUGUAUUGCCAGUAAAUAGUUUUGCCAAUAGUGCACAUAACAGGAAGGCAAGCACGUUGGGUUACCAAUUGAAUACCUUAAAAACUAUGUACACUCUGCGUAUGGCCUUGUAAUUUUACUAUGUCUAAUGUUACUCUUUAAGACUAUUCCUGUAAAUAUUUUCCACGCAAAUGAAAAUGUAGAGUUAAGUAAUGUUUAGUUUGUAUUAAAAUGAAGUGUCAGAUUUUUAGGUUUUGAGUUUGGUUAAACAUUAUCAUUUUUUUACUGUUUUCGAUGUAUGGACGAUCCAAUGGAUUAGGUGCUUACACUCUCCUACUUAAAUAAUUUUGUUUGUGGUAAAAAGAAAACUGGUUUACAGAAUUUUAGCUCUGAAAGAAAGAUCCGGUGAGAUACUUCAGAAAAUUAUUUCUACUGCAGCAUUUACCAAAACAUUGUAUCAAAAGAAAAAUUAAUAUUGCCUUUAAUUUUGUACCUAUGCACAGGUGCUAAGGUGUGUGAACAUGUAUAAAAAAGAAUUCAGUAGAAUAGAUUACAUGACAAGAGUGUAGAUGCUAGUGAUUUUGCAUAUGGCAAGCUGCGAUAAAACUUCCGCUAACUGUAUUCAAGUACAUUCAAUAUUUCAUAUGCUUAAAAAAUGAAUGUACAGGCACAUUUAAUUACUAUCAAUGUAAUUGUUGGCAGUUUCCAGCAUCAUCAUUGUUAUCCUUAGCAGUUUUCAACAUACCAUAAUUUUAUUUUUUAGACUUAUGUAGCCUAUGUAUGACAUCUGGUUCUAGUUUCAUAACUCUUGACUGAAGAUGCCUCUCCUUAACUUGGCCAAACAUAUCUUAAGGUAGUAAUAGGUUAGAAUACUUACAAACUUAAAAGAUAUGUCAUACUCAUUUUGGCACAAAGUCAUACAUUCCACAUUCUCCUUAAAUUCAUAUUCUUUGGCAUCAUUAAGUUCCCUCAUCUUCUUCAUUAUUUGGUUAUUAAUAAUUUAAAUUUUUCUUUUGUAAAACUGUAUUUUUAUUUUGACUGUCUCUAAUUAAGGUAUUUGAAAACAUUUUAUACUUACCAAUCGAGAAAAUGCAGUUUCUUACUUUUUAAGUUUAUGUUUAUAAUGAUUUAGGUUAUAAAUAAACAGCUUAUUUAGGCCACAAUCUUAUUUUAAUCCCUUUUUUCACUUUUGGUAAAAUUAGUUUAGUGCUACAAUAUAAAUCUAAAACCUUGAAUGCUGAAAUAGUCUGUUAAAACUUUAAAGAAUUUAGUUCAGGUGAAUAAUCAAUGGUACAAAAAAUUAACCAUUAUAAAAAUAUUUUAAUUCUUUAUUUUUAAUUUAAUAGGAAAUGGAUCUCAUUUAUGAAGACGUUUCUGUAAACCUGUAUCUUCAAUUUAUUUUAAGUUGUUUUGUAUCCAUUAAUGUUUUGUAUCCACUGUACUGAUUUCCGUUUAAACACAUCAUUUUAUUGAAAUAUCCAUUUUAUGUCAACCAUAAUACCUCUGUGACUUAGGUUACAUGAGGUUGUUAUGUCGGACUUUUGUACUGUUGAUAUAAUAUAAGAAGGAGAGAUAAUAAAUUAAACAAUCUACAUUUC